AUUUAAAGUAGGUUUCCCUUUUCGGUUGAUAUACCCAUCUCCAUGGCGAGUUGGUUUCAGGAUUCCUAUAUCUGUACAAUCAACUACACCAAUUGCUGUCGGAAAUUUAUACAUGCUUUGCCAUAUCCGCUUGAUCCAUUCGUUUGACUGUGCAACCAUGCUGUUCACAACUCUAUCCACAGUCCGAGAUACCGUUGCUUGACUAACACCAAGUUCCUGACCAAUACCUUGUUGAUAUCCAGGGUCACCGAG